AAGAGGAUGUGAAUCGUUUUAGUAUCAAAGUGUAAGCAUCUCCUAAAACAGUCGCGGAAAUGGCUCUGAGAUGGCAAGCGAGGCUCUCAAUUGCUGCCAUACUCUUCAUGUGCACGGAAGAUACACUGAGUCUAGGAGAUCGGACGAUAGAUAACAUGGAUAGACACGCGAUCCAGACCAGACCUCGGCAACAAAUGCUGGAUCAUUCUUCCGGCCCGAAGUCGAAACCGGAACCCACCUUCGACUUCACACAGAAUAGCAACGUGACGGCCCUGAUUGGAAAAACUGCAUACCUCACGUGCCGGGUUCGCAAUCUAGGCGACAAGACCGUAUCCUGGGUCAGGCACAGGGAUAUCCACAUCCUGACGGCGGGAGCGUACACGUACACAAGUGACCAACGAUUUCAAGCACUACACAGACAAAACACGGGCCACGGCAACGAAUGGUCCGACUGGACCCUCUGCAUAAAAUGGGCACAGGAGCGUGACCAGGGAAUCUACGAAUGUCAGAUUUCCACCAUACCUAUCAAAUCGUAUCAGUUUCACUUGAACGUCGUUGUACCUACAGCGACGAUACUGGGCGGCCCCGAGUUGUACGUCGGUGCAGGCAGCACGAUAAACCUGACGUGUGCCAUACGCUUCAGCUCGGAGCCACCAGCCUUCAUCUUCUGGUACUACAAUGAGAACGUCCUGAGCUACGACAGUCCCAGGGGCGGCGUCUCCGUGAUAACCGAGAAGGGUGGCGACGUCACCACCUCCUGGCUUCUCAUUCAAACGGCGCAGCCCUCGGACUCCGGGGAGUACAGCUGCAAGCCGAGUAACGCCAAUACGGCGUCCAUCAGGGUUCAUGUCCUAAAUGGCGAGCGACCAGAAGCGAUGCAGACGGGGACCGCGGGGCCGAUAUUGUCCUCGAGUUGUCUAUUGGUAUCCCUCAUCAUUUUGUACAUAUCCUCGGUGUAAACGAAAACGAAAACAGCGCCAACGGCCGAUGCGGUACGUUCCCUCUGUCUACGCGAACGCGUUUUCACGUGCGUCCGCCCAGCAGACGUGAUCGCGGAACAAUCGCAAUUUA